AUGCUGACAGAUCUACAGAUAAUAGCCGUUAUCGUCACUGGUGUGACAGCAGUGCUAGUAUACAUGGCAGCACGUGUUCUCAUGCCGCAAAAGACGGACGAAGUAGACGAGUCUUUACAGGCAAUGAUCAACGGCUUUGACUUUGCGCUGCCUGAGGAAGUCGAGCUAUACCGCAAAGGCAAGGAGGAACACCCCGACGACUUAGAUAAAUGCUUCCAGCUUCUCUUUCGUCGUGCUGUGGCUGACAUUCCACUCAUUCGCAAGAUUCAGUCAGAGAGUUCCGGUAUUCAGCGUUUAAAAAAAAACGACAUUCUCAAAGACGGGUCGUAUCUCAGCUACAAGCUGGCCGAAGAAUUAAUCAACGAUGAGAUUAACGAAGUGCGCAAAGAAGCUGAAGAACUUAAGCCAGGUGAAGGUUGGCCAGACAAGAUAUUUCCACAAGCCGUUCAAUUUAUGAAUCAGCUUGCUGAACAGCAAGCGGCAUUGCAGCGUAAAGAAGUUGAAGCACAGGUUAAAGCCAUGCAAGCCGCUCGUGCUCAAGCUAUGGCAACAGCACUUGCUGCCGAGGUUGCUGUCAAGAAUAUCGAAGCACAGGUGGCAGCCAAAGAGAAGCAGGAAAAAAAGAUUCGGAAGAGAAAGUAG